CUCUCUGUCAUCAGGUGUUAUGUGGAUGAUAAGGUGUCGAAGGUGGCGUGGCUGAACCGCUCCAACAUCAUCUUCGCGGGUGAGGAUAAGUGGUCUCUGGACCCGCGGGUGGAGCUGGUGACGCAGGGGCAGCUGGAGUACAGUCUGCGCAUUCAGAAGGUGGAUGUGUUUGACGAGGGACCCUACACCUGCUCCAUACAGACCAAACAGCAGUCCAAAACCUCACAGGUGUACCUGAUCGUCCAGGUUCCUGCAAUCAUCUACAAGGUUUCGGAGGACAUCACUGUGAACGAGGGCAGUAACGUCACCUUGACAUGUUUAGCCAAUGGGAGACCAGAUCCGGCCAUCACCUGGAGACUGCUCAACCCAUCAGCCGAGGCUCUGGAUGUGGGCGAGUAUCUGGAGAUUUCGGGGGUCGUUCGCUCUCAGGCCGGACGCUAUGAGUGUAAAGCCAGCAAUGAUGUCUCCACACCUGAUGUCAAAUACGUCAAUGUGGUGGUCAACUACCCGCCGUAUAUAAAGGAUGUGCGCAGCUCGGAGACGGCGGUGGGUCAGGCUGGAGUUCUGCACUGUGAAGCGUCCGCUGUCCCACAGCCUGAGUUUGAGUGGUACAGAGACGAGCGCAGGCUCUCCAGUUCUCAGAGUCUCACCAUUCAGAUCAGCGGCUCCCGCACGGUUCUGGUCGUGGCGAACGUGACGGAGGAAGAUUACGGGAACUACACGUGUGUCGCAACAAACAGACUGGGAAUACACAACGCCAGCGUGUUCCUCUACAAACCAGGAACAGGGUGGGACAUCAACGCGGCGGGCUGCAUCUGUCAAUCACUCUGGCUCCUCCUCCUGUGUGUGUCCUCAGCUCUUCUCCAGUGUUAAUGAUCAGUCGCUCUGAACACACUCGGUCGCCUCAGACUGUUCACUCGUCAUCACACUCACCGUCACGCCCGGCCGGACCACACUCUGACUAUCAGGAGAGAAUACCAGAACACAGAGGAGAGGAGACAGACGGUGCUCUUAUAAGAACCGAACAGUGUGCUUUACCCGCUUCGAGAUUCACUGACUUCCAGUGAGGCCUGUGGUGUGUGUUUCUGUCCGUCCGACAGUCUGAAAGCAUGUGUGUGUGUGUGUGUGUGUGUGUGUGUGUGUGUCCUGACAGAUAACUGGAGCCACGCCCUGAUCUUCAAUCAUCUCUGAAUGCUGAACGGCUCAUUUCAUUGUGUUUCCCCAUUGAACUCUGCAGCCUGUGGCCAAAUCUGCCUGAUGUAAACUAAUGAGAGCGCUGGAGUCAUCUGAAUGUGCUGAAUGACUAAUGAAGAGGGACUGACACAUGUUUGUGUUGUGACGGACACCAUUCUGCUCUUUCCUUACAUCUCACCAAGGUUUUAUAAGAUCAGAACAAUCACUGAAUGAAUGAGACGCUCAUGCUGCGUCAUUUGUGUAGCUGUGUCUAACCCCGCCCACAUGUCCAAAUACAGCACUAACUCCUCCCACAUUGUUAGCCCCUCCCACUUGUGUAGCUGUGAUCACACCUCUGGUCCCCUCCACAUGCCUAACUCCACCCAAAUGUCCAAAUACAGCACUAACUCCUCCCACAUUGUUAGCCCCUCCCGCUUGUGUAGCUGUGGCCACACCUCUGGUCUACUCCACAUGUCUAACUCCACCCAUGUGACCAAAUAUAGCACUAUAUUCCACUAAUAUAAUUAGUACCAACCAAAUGUAAGCUCGCCCACUUGUCCAAAUACAGCACUAAGCCCCUCCCACUGGUGUAGCUGUGGCCACACCUCUAAUACUUUCCACAUGUCUUUGGUUAUGUUUAGGUUAAGCGUGUGACCGAAUAUGGCACUGACCCCUCCCACAUCAUUAGUUCCUCCCACAUGUGUAGCUGUGGCCACACCUUACAAAUUUCUUGUGACCAAAUACAGCACUAACAUUCUCCAAGUUGUAACUCCACCCACACUACCUGAUAUGCCACUAAACUCUUCCCACAUGAGCUGUGGCCACGCCUCUGAUUCUUCCUGAAUGUUCAACUUCACCCAUGUGACCAAAUACUACUGUCACCCAAAAAUAACUCUGCCUAUAUCCAAAUACAGCACUAAACCCCUCCCACUUGUGUGUCUUUGACCCCUCCCACAUGUCUGGCUCCUCCCAGCUGGCUUCACACCAAGCGCAGAGCUCCGCGUCACUCACUCAUUAAUGAAAGACUCAUUAAAGGCCAAUUUAGCAUAUUUUCGGCAAAAGUGUCGCGCAUUCUGCGUCAGUCACAGCAAAAACUCCUCUCUAUUUCUGCUUUUGCAUUGACCUUGUAUGGAAUUUGCUCGCAUGAAUAUUUAAUUACACAGUUGUUGUGAAUCCCUCCCCCUCACACAUUAUUAUUUUCUCCCAGUUGUAACUCCGCCCCUAACACAACAGUAACUCCUCCCACAGGCCGCUCUGCAAGAGUUCUUCAGGGUUUCUGGAAGUAUCCACCCAAAUAUCCCAAUAUAACACUAACCCCUCCCACAUUGUUAGCCCCUUCCACUUGUGUAGCCGAGGCCACGCCUCUGGUCCCCUCCACAUGUCUAACUCCACCCAUGUGACCAAAUACAGCACUGUAUUACACUAAUAUAAUUGGCCUCUUCCAAAUAUCAUGUGACCAAAUACAGCACUAAGAUUCUCCCAGUUGUAGCUCCACCCACACUACCUGAUACACCACUAAACCCUUCCCACAAUGAUGAUCCCGCCCACUUGUGUAGGUGUGGCCACACCUCUGAUUCUUCCCAAAUUCUUCACCCAAAAAUAUCUCUGCCUAUAUUCAAAUACAAGACUAAACCCCUCCCACUUGUGUGUCACACCUCUGGCCCCUCCCACAUAUCUGGCUUCACACUAAGCGCAGAGCUCCACAUCACUCACUCAACUGUACUCUCGGCGUGUUUUCCCGCUCAUGCAGAUUUCCUGCUCGUGUUGAAUUUUUUGGACUUGCGUGAAAGACUCAAUUAAGGCCAAUUUUGCAUAUUUUCGGCAAAAGUGUCGCGCAUUCGGCGUCAUUCACAGCAAUAAUUCGUCUCUAUUUGUGCUUUUGUAUUGACUUUAUAUGAAAGAAUACCUCUGCGUUUGGUGUGAAUCCGCCCCUAACCCCUCCCCCACACACUAUCAUAUUCUCCCAGUUGUAACUCCGCCCACUAACACAGCAGUAACUCCUCCCACAGGCAGAGUUCUUCAGGGUUUCUGGAAAACUUGUAUUAUUAAUGAAGUUUCUCCACUGGAAGUGUUUAACGAUGUUUAGCGUGUGUCGUGUCACUCCAGCAUGACCGCCGAUAACCCUCAUCUGUCAUCGUGUUUCUCCGUCCGCCGUAUGAAAUGUUCGACACCAAUGAAUGCUCAUGUUCACCCGCCGCUCACCUCCGUCUGUCUGUAAAUAUUCUUUUGAAUGUCUUCUUGCGGAAACGAAACGCAUCUCCGUUCAGGUUUCUCCGUCUGUAGUUCACUAUCUGCGGUGGCGCUUUGAUGCUUCCUGUAACAAACUCAAAUUAGAUACUAAACUAAGAUUUUUACUACAGAUAUUUAAGUAUUCUAAACCUAGAUUUACCUUUGAAGCGGCUGCACUACUAUUCUUAUUUAUAGAGAUGGAUCUGUUCGUUAGUUAUUAUAAUAGUAGUUGUACAGAGAUGAGCUGAAUACUCCGACUGCCAAACGAUUAGAGCUCCUAUUAUAUAUUUAAAGAAGCCAUUUUAGAGAUGAGUUAUGAGCCGCGCACACACUAGUUUUCUUUGUUGUUGAUUUGGUGAAGCAUCUGUUUAGUUUGUUUUGGUACGUAGACGCACACACACUGGUUUAUUUGUCGUUUCUCCUGCUCGUAAAGCAGCGUUUCUCUUCACAUUUAUAUUUGAGUAUUGGAAUAAUCGAGCAGUGAGAUCUCCACCCACAGCCCUUUGAUUGACAGCUCUCUCAGCCAAUAAGCUUUCAGCAUGUGCGCUCUGAUUGGAUGAAGCCGCUCGUCUGGCGUGUGUCUGAUUUAAAGGGCUAGUCGCGCGUCUCCUGUCUAAAGUAAAUCAGGCCGCAAUGCCAAUAUUUGGGUUUGAUCCGAUCCAAAGUCGUGUCCUGAACUCCACACAGGACCGCAGUGUUUUGUAUCUGACGAAUGUCUCACUGUAGAGAGUGUGUGUGUGUGAGGAUCAUUUAACUUUAAUUUCACCAUGUUCAGUGUGUGUUUUAUUGCCGAUGCUCUCUGUAACCUGACAAGAAGACGCUGUGUUUUCGUGGAUCUGGAGAAUCUCCAGUAGUUUGGAUCGACAUCAUGAAAGCAAUGGACAUUUUCUAACUGGUCUUUAUUUACUCUGAAGCUCCCGCAGUCAUUUUUAAACCCUUCUGCACUGUAAAGUACUCAUCAGAUGUUGAAAAUGGAAAUCAAGUCAGUUGAGUUUGGUGUUUUUGAGAGUGGGAUUAAGAAAAAACUCAAUAAAAUCUAAAUGAUUGUGAUUUUGAAGAGGAUUAUGAAUUCUGUUAAUCAUGUAACAUGCAAAUAAAGGAAUAUAACGAUUGUUAGAACUCCCUUUA